UCUUAUCUUUGUAUAACUUCAUAAUAUUAUAGACAUGGCGAAAGUUUUCCCUCAUCUCCUAUCUUCUUCUUCAUCAACAAGUUCUUCUGAAGAGAGAAAUAAAUAUACAGUUUGGAUGAAAUCACUCAUCCUUAAUGGCAAUGGUUGCACCAUCUAUGAUGCUAGCGGCGACGUCGUUUAUCGUAUCGAUAACUAUGAUACUAAGUGUAGUAGCCAAGUUUACCUCAUGGAUCUUAAGGGAAAAGUCUUAAGCACCUUGAUUAGAAAGAAGCUGAGAGUAAAUGAAAACUGGAAUGGGUACAAAAAUGAGAGAGUUAAAAACGAAAAGCCAUGGUUUCAUGUAAAGAAGAUAAGUAAUAAUGUUUUCAACAAAGAAGAUGGAUUUUCUUGUGAAGUUACAAUUGAAGAUGAUUCUUGUGAAGCAUUUUCUUGCUUUAGAAUCCAAGGAUGUCCUCAAAAAUCAGAAUUCAAGAUUAUUCGGGGGGAUGGAGCCGUUGUUGCUGAGGUCAAAAGAAAGCAAGCUAAAGGGGGAGUAAUGUUGGGAGAUGAUGUAUUAAGCUUGGAAGUGGAGCCAAAUAUGGAUAAUUCUCUAAUAAUCUCACUUGUUGUAAUUCAUGGUUUAAUGUCUCAUAAGAUUUGACCCCAUAUACUAACCCUUUGUAAUACCACCCUCAACCCCAACCCCAAAAAAAAAAAAAAUCAAAACUGCAAAAAUGAAAGAAAAAUGAAUAUUGUUCUGACCAAUUUUGUAUAUAUAUACGGAUGAAGCUUUUAAAUUUUGAAGCAA